AUGACUGAUAGAGACUUUAAUGCUCAUCACACCUCUUGGGGUUGUGGCUCAGACUCAAUACGUGAUUGUCAUGUUUUGGAUGUUAUUGAGGAUAAUAAUUUAGUUCUGCUUAAUAACGGUCAAGCAACAACAGUUGCAUCUUUAACUUGGAGUCCUAAUGCCCUGGUUUCUUCAUCCUUAGCACUUAGUUGUGAAUGGGGUUUGCACGAUAGCCCUCUUGGUUAUCACAUUCCUGUAAUCAUAAGAGUAAAUGUUAGUGUUAAACCUCUUCCAGCCAGUAAUGCAGGAUAUUGUUUUACAGAAGAGAACAAGAUUUUGUAA